UUAUUUUUGGAAGAAACAACACGUAGCAAUUUUUAUUUAUUUAUAUUUGGCAUGAAAAUACUCAAGUAGCCAUAUUUUAAAAGUGAACAUGAAGGGCGUUCAAGUAAAUACAAUAAGAGCAGCGCUGCUGCUUGGCCUGUUGUGCGUUGUGGCGUCCCACGAAGCGAAGGAUUUCGAUGAUUCCAUUUUGUACAGAAUUGAUUGGGCCGUGCCAGAUUUGAUAAGUGGCGAACCUGAUUUGGGCAACGCACUGACAUCGUUCAUUACUACCGACAAAGAGAAAUAUGAAUGUCUUAUACCCGCGCUGGAGAAACCAAAGGAGGAGGAGAAGUCCGACAUGCCAGAGUUGUCUCCCAUCAGCUUACUAAAGCCGACUUUCUCUGGCCAAACUUGUUCGUACCGCAUCGAAGCCUAUUGGUCCUACGAGAUUUGCCAUGGACAUCAUGUGCGUCAGUAUCACGAGGAGCGCGAGGGCAAGAACGUCAAGUUCCACGAGUACUACCUGGGCAAAUGGAGCGAGGAGAAGACGGAGCUGCUGUCAAAAGCCUGGGAGGCGGAACAAAAGGACGGGGGAAAGCACAAGUACAAGACCAUAAAGAUUGACAAUACGCGCUAUCCGUAUUUCGAAAUGGAAUACACCGACGGCACCAUGUGUUAUAUUAUCGAUGCCAAACGCACCACAACGGUUCGCUAUGUGUGCUAUCCCCAUGGAAAGGACGAUAUUUACUCUUUCAAAGAGACGUCCUCCUGCAACUAUGAGGCGAUUAUACUGACCUCUGCAUUGUGCGUCAUUCCUGGCUUCCAUGCGGAGGAGACCCAGGAGACCACCAUCAAGUGCUUCAAUUCGGAAACAGAGCCGCAUAAGCCAUUGAGCAUGCUGCGCUCAGAGCUAAGCGAAUGGGCCGAAAGCGAGUCCGAUCUGAUACUCUCAAACGAUGCCGAAAAUAAGCCUGUUACGAAGGCGUGGCCAAAGGAGGGCGAAGUAGUAACUCUCAAACACAGCGGUGAUGUCGACAAAAUCAUAAUGGAGUUGAUAAACAAAAAUGGAGUGGAAUCCGAGAAGGAAUAUCAACAACUUUUGCUCGCCAAAACGGGAUCUACUCUUGGAACACAGCCCAGCCCCAUCGAUGAACUCACGCCCAUCAGGCAGUUUAUAUCGGGAGCCAACUGCCUAAUUGGGGGCAACGGCUGGUGGCGCUAUGAAUUCUGCUAUGGCAAGCAUGUGCGACAGUUCCACAAGGAUAAGAAUAGUGAAGUUGAACUGUUCCUUGGCUACUUCUCGGAGGAGUCCCACCGCCAGUGGGCCGUAGCAAAUCCCGAUAAGGGAGCACGCCGAACCGGCUUCUCCUCGUCCAUUUGGCACCAUUAUGUGAAGGGAACACAUUGUGAUCGCACCAGCCAGCCGCGUGAGGUGGAUGUCAAGCUGACGUGCACGCCCGUGACCACCAGUGGAACGGCCGUGUCCAUGUACUUGCUAGAGCCAAAGACGUGCCAGUAUAUCCUGGUCGUGGAAUCGCCCAUCAUUUGUGAUCUCCUGCGCUAUGCAGACUCCCACGGACUGGUGAAGCCCGAAAACCUAUACAAAGUCUUCACUAGUGACGAAGGCCAGCCCGAGAGCCCGGCACCUGCCCCGGAACGGACCACUGAUGACUCUGGAGAGAAAAUACGCUCAUAGAGCCACCAGCGUAUUCCAUUUCUAGUGAAUUAAUUUUAAAUACAUGUACAUGUAAAUUAAA